CAACACAUUGCUUCGUCUUCUCUACCGUUUCGAUUUCACUCUUUAUUUAUGUCAAAUUCCUUAGCUUUCUGAUCACGAACUAGCUUUAACAAAAGAAAAACCCCAACUUUAUGGCGGCGACUUGUUCUGUGCUCGCCGUCUCCUUCCUCCUCUGCUUUGCUCUUUUCUCCGCCGUGUCUUUCGCCGCGGACCCUUUUGUCUCCUACGACUUCAAAGUUUCUUACAUCACCGCUUCUCCCCUCGGCGUUCCUCAACAGGUUAUAGCUGUCAAUGGGCAGUUUCCAGGGCCUCUGCUUAAUGCUACUACCAACUACAAUGUUGUUGUUAACGUCUUCAAUCAUUUGGAUGAGCCUCUCCUCUUGACUUGGCCUGGCAUCCAAAUGCGGCGUAACUCAUGGCAAGAUGGUGUUCUUGGCACAAAUUGCCCAAUUCCUCCCAGAUGGAACUUUACUUACCAAUUCCAAGUGAAGGAUCAGAUUGGAAGCUUUUUCUACUCCCCUUCACUCAACUUUCAGAGAGCAUCUGGGGGUUUUGGUCCCAUCGUGAUUAAUAACCGUAACAUCAUCCCUAUCCCUUUCCCACAGCCUGACGGCGAACUCAUCUUCAUUAUUGGUGAUUGGUACACUCAGGACCAUAAAGCAUUAAGGAGAAUUCUCGACUCUGGGAAAGAUCUUGGGAUGCCAGAUGGAGUCCUCAUCAAUGGAAAGGGUCCUUACAAGUACAACAGUAGUGUACCUGAUGGGAUUGAUUACUUAACCUUUCAUGUUGAACCAGGAAAAACAUACAGAAUCCGUGUACACAAUGUUGGGAUCUCGACAAGCUUGAACUUCAGGAUUCAGAACCACAAUUUGCUUUUGGUGGAAACCGAGGGUCACUAUACUUCACAGGCAAACUUUACUGAUUUUGAUGUUCAUGUAGGGCAGUCUUAUUCUUUCUUGGUAACCAUGGACCAAAAUGCCACGAGUGACUACUACAUUGUUGCCAGUGCUAGAUUUGUGAAUGAAACAGUGUGGCAAAGAGUCACUGGUGUUGCCAUUCUCCAUUAUUCUAAUUCCCAAGGACCUGUUUCUGGUCCUCUACCAGUUCCAAAAACCGAUGUUUCUAGCCCGUGGUCAGCAAUGGGCCAGCCAAAGGCCAUCAGGCAAAACACAUCUGCUAGUGGAGCUCGUCCAAAUCCGCAGGGAUCAUUUCAUUAUGGUCAAAUAAACAUCACUAAUACAUACAUUUUGAGAAGUUUGCCUCCAACAACAAUUAACGGUGCUCUUCGCGCUACACUUAAUGGGAUAUCAUUUGUGAAUCCAAGCACUCCAGUGAGACUUGCUGAUCGCAAUAAAGUGAAAGGAGCUUAUAAGCUGGACUUCCCUGAGAAACCUUUUAAUAGACCUCCUCGUUUGGACAGAUCUAUGAUCAACGCAACAUACAAGGGAUUUAUACAAGUUAUAUUCCAGAACAACGACACCAAGAUCCAGAGCUUUCAUGUUGAUGGCUAUUCAUUUUUUGUUGUUGGGAUGGAGUUUGGUAUUUGGUCAGAAGACAAAAAGGGUUCAUAUAACAACUGGGAUGCCAUCUCAAGAAGCACAAUCGAGGUAUACCCAGGGGGAUGGACGGCUGUACUUAUUUCCCUUGAUAAUGUCGGAGUUUGGAACAUUCGAGUAGAGAAUCUUGACAGAUGGUAUCUUGGUGAAGAAACUUAUAUGCGGAUCACAAACCCUGAAGAGGAUGGAAAGACAGAGAUGGAUCCCCCAGACAAUGUCCUUUACUGCGGUGCCCUUGAAAACUUGCAGAAGGAACAACACCACUCAGCUGCAACAUCAUCUAUACUAGAUGGACACUUGAAGCUAAUGCUAAUGAUGUUCCUCGCCUCUGUUUUCACGUUUUGCUGAGCAUUUUUACAUCUUUGUGUUGAUCGACCUAGGGAAGUGAAGUUCCAUUUAGUUCUGCUAUAGACUGUCGAAGGCGUUAAAUGUUGAAGUUUAUUUUUUUUAGUGAUGCUUAGAUUUAAUAUUUAUUAUCCCCAUGAAUCUGAACAACAACACUGGUUCCUGCGUCAAAAUGGGUUUAAUUAAUUGUAAUGAUUUUUGUUGGUGUAUGUUCUUAUAAACUAUCCACAUCCUUCAUGUUAA